AGGGAGAUACGUCUUCUUGUGCCCCUGAACCCCUCCCUCCCCACAGGCCUGUCCACAAGGGGCUGGGGAUCAGCCAGAAAAGUCAGGCCACUCACUAGAGCCAGGGGACAUGAGGUCCCUUUGCCAGACUGAGUUCUGUCCCUGGAAGCAGCACGGUGCCCAGCCCCACCCCUUGCUCUGUGCCCCCUCCACUGCCAAAGACUUUGACCUUGUGUUCCAGUCCUUGCUGGUGGGCAGAGGGCUGAAGUCAACACAGAAUUGGGAGCAUUCCUGCGGGAACCGAGAACCUGCAAUCCCACAUCUUUCUUCUCCAGACACCCGGCACGAGAGGCUGGUGUGAUGCGUGUGGUAGUGAUUGGAGCGGGAGUCAUUGGACUGUCCACGGCCCUCUGCAUUCAUGAGCGUUACCACCCGAGGCAGCCACUGCACAUGAAGAUCUACGCGGACCGCUUCACCCCGUUCACCACCAGUGAUGUGGCUGCGGGCUUCUGGCAGCCUUAUCUCUCGGACCCCAGCAACCCACAGGAAGUGGAGUGGAAUCAGCAAACCUUCGACUACCUGCUGAACCACAUCCACUCUCCAAACGCCGAAAAGAUGGGCUUGACCCUAAUCUCAGGCUACAAUCUCUUCCGAGAUGAAGUUCCGGAUCCUUUCUGGAGAAACACAGUUCUGGGAUUUCGGAAGCUGACCCCCAGAGAGAUGGACAUAUUCCCUGACUACAGCUAUGGCUGGUUCAACACAAGCCUGAUUUUGGAGGGGAAGAGCUACCUGCCGUGGCUGACUGAGAGGUUAAAGGAGAGGGGAGUGGAGUUCUUCCAUCGGAAGGUGGAGUCUUUCGAAGAGGUGGCAAGAGGAGGCGCGGACGUGAUCAUCAACUGCACCGGGGUGUGGGCUGGGGCGCUGCAGGCAGAUGCCUCGCUGCAGCCAGGCCGGGGCCAGAUCAUUCAGGUGGAGGCCCCUUGGAUGAAGCAUUACAUCCUCACCCAUGACCCAGCCCUCGGCAUCUACAACUCCCCGUACAUCAUCCCAGGGUUCAAGACAGUUACUCUCGGAGGUGUCUUCCAGCUGGGGAACUGGAAUGAAUUAAACAGCGUCCAUGACCACAACACCAUUUGGAAGAGCUGCUGCAAACUGGAGCCCACCCUGAAGAAUGCAAGAAUCGUUGGGGAACUCACUGGCUUCCGGCCAGUCCGGCCUCAGGUUCGGCUAGAAAGAGAACAGCUUCAUUUUGGAUCUUCAAGUGCGGAGGUCAUCCACAACUAUGGUCAUGGAGGCUACGGGCUCACGAUUCACUGGGGUUGUGCCAUGGAGGCAGCCAACCUCUUUGGAGAAAUUCUAGAAGAAAAGAAGUUGUCCAGGAUGCCGCCAUCCCACCUCUGAGGAUGCCAGUGACUAUCAUUUGCCCCAUGAGGACACCCCAGUGCCAUACAGCCAAUUAACUGACACUGUCUUCUUGAAGAUUUUGCAGUUUCCCCUUCCCCAGCUUUCUUAGGCAAAGGUGUGAGGAAACCCUGAUGCUCCACUCAUCCAUCAUGGCCUGGUCCUUCCCAUGCAUCCCAUCUGGUAAAGCAUCUGCAGGGAUCCUGGCUGGUCCUAAACUAGUCUACCCGAGACAGGCAAGAUCCAAGAUCAUGUAGCAAUCCCGUUCUCACAACAGAAUGAUGGUACUACGGCUGGUAGUACUGGGUGGCAGGGUCUGUGCUCAGUCCAUUAGGAGUGGUCUGGAAACCUUUGCUUAGAACUCUGAUGAGUGGUUCGCCUCACAUUUGAUGUCUACCUGUAGUAACUGGUGGAGUGGCGGGGGGGGGCUCCCGCCCUCGGCACUCCGCUGGUCAACGUUAUUAAAACACUCUUUGGAUAUCCAAACUCUCUUCAGGGUUGGUCCUAAGACGUGCUUUCCUCUCCUCCUCACCACCACAAAGGGCGUCUCGGUGGUCUUGAGAAGACUUGAUCUAGGUUGUAUGUGUAUGUGUGAGGGUGAGGGAAAGGGGGAGAGCAGAGCUCAGGACCUUGAGCGUGCAAGGCAAGUGCUCCACCACUGACCGAACCCCAUCCUCUUGAGACCUGAAAUCAGAGAGAGGAGUGUACAGCCUUGGUACAUUGAAGAACUUUUUUUUACGUUUGUUAAUCUGUCCUGUCCAUGUAUGUGGGUGUGAGCAUCCAUGGUCAUGAUGUCUUAGGGUCAGAGGACAACCUGCAGCAAUCAGUUCUCCCCUUCUACCCUGUGGGUUCCAGGGAUUGAAUUCAGGGCAUCAGGCUUGGCAGCGUCACCUCACCAGCCUACUGAACAUCUGUCGACAUUUUCUGAAAUACUUUCUCAUGUGGAGAGAAACAGAUGACAUCCCCACUAAUAAACAGGGCGUCUGUAACAGGGUUGCUUCAAAUCAGACCCCAGCCCUGCUGCUCCGGGUCCAGUGUGUUUCUGAGGCAUGGAGGCUCUGAGGAAGUCCUCGCACUGCUCAAAAACACUGAUCUUAAAAAAAAAAAAAAGAGUUAGCCGGGCGGUGGUGGCGCACGCCUUUAAUCCCAGCACUCGGGAGGCAGAGCCAGGUGGAUCUCUGUGAGUUCGAGGCCAGCCUGGGCUACAGAGUGAGUUCCAGGAAAGGCGCAAAGCUACACAGAGAAACCCUGUCUC